AUGCUCUCGUCCAUUGCGCCCGUGCACACGAACUCUGCGCCAUCGGACGACGUCGAGAAGGCUGUCGCACAGGCGACCGCGUCGCUGCUCGCACGCAUCGCUGCCAUGGAGGCCGAGAACGUUGCACUCAAGCAGCAGCUUCAAACGGCCAUGAAGACGGGCGCAAUACCGCCCAAUGGAGUAGACAAGGCGCCCGCAGCGCCUACCAUCACAGAGCCCAAGAAGACGUCUGCUACGACAGCGACCAAGAAGACGUCUGUCACGACAGCGGCCCAGAAGAUGCCUGCUACCACCGAGCUAAAGAAGACGCCUGCCACGCCCGCGCCCAAGAAGUCGGUCGCCACCACAGAGCCCGUCACUGCCAAGCGCGCAGAGGUCCCGCGGGUACGCCCUGCCGCGCCGGUGCUGGAGGCGACGCCGCUUGUCGACGAGAGCACAUCCUUGGCGGCACCCGAGGGUCGCAAGCUCCCAAGCAACAAGUUCUUCUUUCGACUCAUGCACUCGUCGAAAACCAUGCAGAUUUCGCCGACCCUCCGCGCGAUGCUGAGCGAGAUGGAUUUAUACAACCACAAGUGGGAAAUCAACGAGAUCCCGGCGGUCAUGAACUGCCUCGUGCUCUUGGACCGCGUGCCCGAGGCCUUGGCGUUCGCGAAAAAGUGGAUCAACUCGCUCACGAUGCUCAACCACUUGAUGGGCCAAGCCGCGCGCGUCAAGUGCCCCAAGCUCGCGCUCGGGCUCCUCCAGCUCGGUGUCGAGCGCAACUAUGCGAUCGACGAGUUGACGUACAACAAGUGCAUUGUCGCGUGCGCGCGGGGGCCGCCGUCGUACCUCUCGACGAUCGAGCACCUCGUCACCGACAUGCAAGAGCACGGCCACCGCCCCAACGACUUGACCUUUGGCGCACUCGUUGUCGCCGCCGCGCGCCUCGACCACUGGUCGGCGGUGGGGCCGACCCUGGAUAUGAUGGACGAGCUCCCAUACGACGAACGCGUCGCAGCGUACAGCACGGUGCUCGUGCGCCUUGGGCGGGAGGACCACCACGAGUUUUGCUACCGACUCUUCAAACAUACGAUCACAACGGGCCUCUCGGUGAGCGAAGACGCGGUCCGCGUCGUGGUCGCAAGCUGCGGCAAGAUUGCGCGCCGCGUCGACGCACUCGAGGUGCUGGAUGCCAUCUCGCUCGACUCGAUCGUGUCGCUCAAGACCUUCAACGCGCUCAUUGCAGCCCUCGCCAACUUGGAUCCCACGAGAGCGUUCGAGGUCUUUGGCACGCUCCAGAGCCGCCCGAACCUCGAGCUCGACAUUUACACGGUCAAUUCCGUCUUGCUCGCGUGUGUCCGCGCGCGGUCGUUUGACGAAGGCGUCGAGCUCUUUGAGUCGCGGCCCGUCCCGUUUGAUAACGUGACGAUCUGCACCAUGCUGCAGCUCUGCGGGCAGGCCAAGCAGCACGCCAAGGCAACUGAGAUUUUUGGGACCGCCUUGACCACGCUGCCACCGUCGCGCCAGCUCUACGAAGAAUACUUUGAAGCGCUCGUCGAAUCCGAUGUCGGGUCGCUUGCGAUCGAGGCGUUCUGGCGCGCGCGCGAGAAUGACACCAAGUUUCAGCCGACGCUCAAGAUGCUCAACUGCCUCCUUCGCGCGUGCCAUGCAUCCACCGAGCACCUCGACGUCAUGGGCCAGCGUCUGCUUGACGUAUUUGAAAACGCCAACCACACGGUCUCGAGCGUCAGCGUCAACCACCAGCUCUCGCUUUUGAUUGCCGCCAACAAGCUCGACGCGGCCGACGAGUGGCUGAACACGAUGCGGGCGCGCGGCCUCGUCACGUACUUUUCGUACCAGCAACUCAUGGUCGCGUACUAUGAUCGCGGUGAGUACGACAAGUGCCUCGAGGUAUACGGCCAGUGCCGCGGCCAGCGCAUCGAGAUGCUGCAGCAAGUCAAGUGGAAGCCGUAUGCGUUCCCGCGGACGGGCCUCGUGCUCCUGGCUCAACGCGCCUACUACGCGCUGGGGGACUGGGACAGCGUCGUGGCCAUGGCGCCGACGGUCAAGGGCCGCCAGGGCACGUUGCACCCGUGGCUCUCGGACCGCGGCUGCCAAGAGCUCCUCAUGCGUGCGAUCCUCGCCCACGAGCAGCGUGGCGACUGGGAGGCGUGCGUCGCGCUCUACUCCAAGAUGGUGUCGGUGGGCAUGAACGACACGGACGCGUACCAAGCCACGGUGCGUGCGGUCGCCAAGGCCGGCGAGUUUGAAGCCGCGCUCGACGUCAACGGUGGCGAGUGGUACCGCAACGAGCGCACGUCCAAAGGCUGGUUCACACCGUCCGACGACGACGCCAAGUGA